AUGGAGGAUGCAUUGUGGGCUCAGUUACAGAACACUUCGCUGGAGGAAAUCGAAGAUAAGCGUAGAAUAGAGCCAGAAUCAGGUUCAGAAUCAGAGCAGGACGAUCAUAAUGAAUCUUUGGUAAAUUCUAUUCCGCACGAAGAAAGACAAUCAGGACCCCACACUGGACCUAAAGGAGUGCGAGCAGAUUAUGAUUAUCAGCAACAAAUACAGUUAGCGUUGAAAAACAAAGCACGUGCAGAUUAUAAUGCAAGCAUGUUGGCCAAAGCACCUACAACUACCACCUAUUUGCAAGAUGCCAAAGAGCAAGAGCUACUGAUAUUACAACAGCAACAGCAGCAAGAUGAGCUGGAUGAGGAUGAUCUCAAAUUUUACAGAGAAAAGAGAUUGAAUGAGCUAAAAAGAUUAAAGCAAGGAAAUCAGUCGAUCCGACAACAACAAAAGCUAUUUGGAACCUACCACACGAUUGAUGCAGAUGACUAUGCGAAUGAGAUUGAUGAUGAAUGGAGGACGAUACCUGUGAUUAUCCACAUAUAUGAUGAUAGUCUACCCAAAUGCAAAGAACUGGACACCAUCUUGUUUGAUUUAGCACAGAAAUACAGGCUUGCCAAGUUUAUUCGAGUAUCAGCUAAUGAUCUUGACUUUGAUCUGGUUGGAUCACCAGCCAUUUUAGCUUACACAAGUGGAAUAUUGGUUGCAAAUUUAGUGAGAAUUAUUGAUAUAGCAGGGUCCCGGUUUGAUAUAGAUGCGAUAGAAGAUACAUUGCUCAGACACGGUGCCUUAUCUGACAAUGAUCUCUACGAUAUACCCAGUGUUGGCUCUGAUGAAGAAGAACAAGAUGAUGAAUAG